AAGAGGUCGUAUCCAAAUCCAAUAAUACCAAGCAAAAUCCUUCCCUUCCAUCAAUCAAUCACCGCGCCUGUGGACGCAUCGUUUAUUUUCAAGAGCUGCGUUGAGAAAACGCACCGUUUUGCUCUUCGUUUGUUUGUAAUGGCAGAGAAACCCCAACCGGUUUCGGUGCUGUACUGUGCGGUGUGCAGUUUGCCCCCUGAGUACUGCGAAUUCGGAUCCGAUUUUGAUAAAUGCAAACCCUGGUUGAUCCAAAACGUCCCUGACAUAUACCCCGAUCUUCUUAAAGAGGUAAAUGUAAAGGAAGCUGAUAAAGUCGCUGACAAGCUUCAAAGUACUGGUUUAUCUUCAGGAGCUAGUGAUGGAGCUGCUUCCUCUGCAACGAAGCAAGAAGAGGUGAAACGUCUUCCUGGUGGGAAGAUAAAGAAAAAGGAUAAGCAAGAGGUUGUUAUUGAGAAGGUUAUACGUAACAAGCGAAAAUGUAUCACCACUGUGAAAGGCUUGGAACUUUUCGGUGUCAAACUCAGUGAUGCUUCGAAGAAACUAGGGAAGAAGUUUGCUACAGGAGCCUCUGUUGUCAAGGGCCCAACUGAGAAAGAUCAAAUUGAUGUUCAAGGGGAUAUAGCUUAUGACAUUGUGGAGUUUAUUACAGAAACAUGGCCUGAUGUUCCAGAAUCUGCAAUUUUCUUCAUAGAAGAUGGGAGAAAGGUCCCAGCUGCUUGAUUUUGAAAUCCUGGCAUAAAUAGACUUUGAACUGAUCACUAGACUCGGCUAUGUUACUGUACUUCUGAAGUAAAGGGCUGAUAAACUUAGUAUUUAAAGUUUUAACACUAUGUUUAGCUAUUCAAAUCCCCCCCUCCCAUAUUCCUACCUCCACUCCCAAUUAUCAGCGUGGCGUUGUCCCUAAUAGAGAUCAGCAUAUGUAUUCUCAAUGAAACUGUUCUUCAAUUAAUGGUGUGCGUAUAGAGACAAAAGAAAGAAAAGGUUCAUUUGCUUCAUUUUUGUACUUGCAUCGUGGUUUUAGUCAUUAAAGGAUGCUGUGGAUUUUUUGCGGGAAAAA